AUGGCAUUUAAGAAAAAAUAUUGGGGUUGUGUGGUUGAUCAUGGAGAAUCUCAACUCAGUUUUUAUCUUUAUGCAAAAAAGAUAUCAAGAGGACCCUAUCUUUAUCUUGAUCUAUCUGAAUAUAAAAGUGUGUCGGAUCGAUCAAAACGUACAUUUCCCGAUCACAACGUUUCAUUUUUUGAAUUAAUCUCCAGAUGGAAUAAUCCAGAUGAGUUAUUUGCUGCUGAAACAGAUUAUUUAAGAUCGAAUAAUCCUGAAAAUUCAAAAAGAUAUUCAUUAAAUGUACAUCUUGAGCCAUCAUUUUCAACUAAAGCUGAAUUAUGUGCCUAUUAUAUGAAAACCGAUUUACCAAAGGGUAAUGCGCCAGAAAAUUAUAUUAAACGUCUUCAGCAACCUUUUACAAGAAAUAUAGUAAACUAG